ACACAAACAACAAAUUGUUCGCUCUACGUGGAAUUGGCUGUUGACCAAUCAGCAACAACAACAACAUCAAAUGAUCAACAGUAGCAAUACAACUAGUUUGGGUGGGAAUAAUUAUCGUCAUCAUCACGUUGUUUUGGGUAACGGAAUGUCCCAAAGGGCUUUAAAAUUAUUUAUUCAACAAGAACUAUUAAAAAGCAAAUUAAUGCAACAAAGGGUGAUGAAUUAUCAUACUUGUUCAAUUCAAAAUAACGAAGAAAAGAAGAAAUCAUAUAAAAAAAGAAAGGGAUCCGAGGAUGAUGAAGAAGUAUUCUUCCGUACAAGAAAAACCUAUAUUGAAUUCGAGUUAAAAGCUCCUAUGAGUGCAAGAGAGUUGGCACAAAAAUUAGAUAUAUCUCCCCAUGAAAUUAUUAAACAUUUACCUAAAGGAUAUACUAUGGAAGAUGUGAUAUCUAUUGAUACAAUUGAAAAUAUGUGUUUGGAACAUUUAAAAUCAAUACCUAUCCGAACAAAACCUAAAAUUCUAUCAGAAUCAGAUUUGAAAUUAUUGGCAAAACUUGAAGAUAAUUCACCACCAUCAGCAAGUGAAAUGAAAAAGUCUGAGAAGGAAUAUGCCAAGCUUUUUAAACCAAAGGCACCUGUUGUCACAAUUAUGGGUCACGUCGAUCAUGGUAAAACAACACUUCUCGAUAAAUUGAGAAAUACUAAUCUUGUUGAUAAGGAAUUCGGAGGUAUUACACAACAUAUUGGUGCCUUCCAAGUCAAGUUAGAAUCAGUUGCCAAACCAAUCACAUUUAUCGAUACACCUGGCCAUGAGGCUUUUACUUCAAUGAGAUCUUGUGGAGCUCAAGUUACAGAUAUCAUUGUACUUGUAGUUGCUGCUGAUGAUGGUGUAAUGCCUCAAACUAGGGAAGUUAUUAAACAUGCAAGAGAAGCCAACGUUCCAAUGAUUGUUGCCAUUAACAAGAUUGAUAAACCUAAUGCUGAUGUGGAAAUGGUCGAAAGACACUUGAUGAAUGAAGGAAUUGUUUCUGAAGAAAAGGGAGGAGAUACUCAAUUUAUUCCAAUUUCUGCUCUCAAAGGAAAAGGUCUCAAGGAUCUUAUUGAAGCAAUUGGUUUGCAAGCUGAAAUGUUGGAAUUGAAGGCAAUGGUUGACAAUGUUCCAAUGCAAGGUACAGUUAUUGAAUGUAAGGUGUUGCACGGAUUUGGUAUUUCAGCAACCUGUAUUGUUCGUAGAGGUGCACUGAAGGUUGGUAAAUGGGUAGUUUCUGGUCUUGCCUAUGGUAAAGUUAAGAGUUUGAGAGAUCCGAAUUUGAAGGAAGUUAAGGUUGCAAAUCCAGCCGAUCCAGUGGAAAUUGUUGGUUUUAACAGUAUGCCAAAGGCUGGAGAUAAAGUUAUCGAGGUUGAUUCUGAAGAAACAGCAAAGAGAAUCGCUGAAGACAAGAAGGCAAAGAAGUUUGAAGAAAAAAUGAUUGAAAUGGAAAAGAGAGCAAGUUUAACUGAAGGAGUUGAAGGUGAAAAGGCUCAAGAAGAAAAAGUUGAAGAGGAGAAGAAGUAUAUUUUACCAAUUAUUUUGAAGACUGAUGUUGUUGGUACUAUUGACGCUUUUUCUGAAAUUAUUUCAUCCUUCCCAACUGAAAUUGCUCAAAUUCAAAUUAUCAAACAAACUGUUGGUCCAGUAUCGACAGCUGAUAUUCAACUUGCAAAGGUUGUUGAAGGAACUCAAAUUAUUGCUAUGAAUGCUAAAGUUGCUCCAAAUAUUUCAAUUGAUGCCAAAUCUAACAAUAUUAAUAUUGCUCAAUUUAAGGUUAUUUAUCACUUGAUUGAUUAUUUGAAAUUGGAAUUAACAAAAUUAAUUCCACCAGUGUACGAGGAUGUAGUUAUUGGAGAAGCUAUCUGUAAAGAGCCAUUCACAUUCCAAGACAAAUCUUCAUCAGGAAAAAAGAGUCUUAUCAAUAUUGCUGGUUGUGCUGUUACCAAAGGUUCAAUUUUGGCAAAGGUUGAAAAGGGAGAUUUUUACAGAGUUAUUAGAGAUGGUGCUACUAGUCUUGAAAAGACUGCAAUCAAUUCAUUGUUCCACUUUAAGGACCAAGUUAAAGAAGUGAAGAAGGGUUCUGAUUGUGGUAUUUCAUUGGAUCACUACAAGGAUAUCCAAUCUGGGGAUGUUAUUCAACUAAUUUCAAAGAAGGAGAAGCUUAUGACAUUUGAGGAAUUAGUUCAAGAAUCUGAAAAGAGAAAGUUCAGAUUCGCAAAAAAGAAAUACUAAGUUUUGAGAGGCGUAUUAAAUAUUAAUAAUUUUUUUU